AUGAAUGUCUUACUGCUUAUUAUCUCUCUCUUUCUUACCAUAAACCUCUCCUCCGGUCAACUCAGCCGUAACUUCUACGCCGGAAGUUGCCCUGACGUGGAACAUAUAGUCAGAAACGCCAUCGACCAAAAAAUCCAACAUUCUGCCAUCACCGUUGCCGCCGUUCUCCGCCUCUACUUCCACGAUUGUUUUGUCAAUGGUUGUGAUGCAUCGGUGAUGAUAUCGUCAACCAAAGGUAACAAAGCUGAGAAGGAUCAUCCCGAUAACUUAUCGUUGGCUGGAGAUGGAUUUGACGCUAUCGUUAGAGCCAAGCAAGCUCUUGAUGCUGUCCCAAAUUGUCGUAACAAAGUCUCUUGCGCCGAUAUCAUAACAAUAGCCACUCGUGACGUUAUUACUAUCGUUGGUGGACCAAAGUACGAAGUCGAACUGGGGAGGUUCGAUGGACUAUCCUCGACGGCGGCUAGCGUCCAAGGAAAGCUGCCACAACCAACCGACGACUUUAACAAACUCACUUCACAUUUCGCCAAAAACGGGCUUACUCUUAACGACAUGAUCGCUCUAUCCGGAGCACAUACGCUUGGAGUGGCUCAUUGCACCACGGUCCUCGACAGGAUCUAUAACGUCAAAGAAGAACCGAGGAUGAACGCUACGUACGUGACACAACUCAAAGCGUUGUGUCCUAGAGACGUUGAUCCGCGGAAAGUGAUAGGCAUGGACUCAUCACCGGGAAAUUUCGAAAACGAUUACUACAAAAACUUGCAGCAAGGCAAAGGAUUUUUCAAGUCUGAUCAAGUUUUAUACACCGAUCGUAGGUCAAAGCCAACCGUUGACUUAUGGGCUAGUAAUGGACAGGCGUUUAGUCAAGCUUUCGUUCAGUCCAUGCUCAAGCUUGGUCGAGUUGGUAUUAAAACAAGUCGUGAUGGUAAUAUCCGUCGCAAUUGUGAAGCCUUUAAUUAA